AACAAAUUGAUCAAACAUCGAAAUUUACAUUUUGCAUUUCAAUAACAUGCUUUGUUUUUGUUGAGCACAAUAUUUUUUAUACGCUUCAUCGAGCGCAGAUAGCCAUGUUUUGCUGCUGCAUCUAAAUUAAACGCGUUCUUUGGUUGUGUAUUUAUUGAGAAUACACUCAUGCAUUAGUAUGCAAAUCGUUUCAAAAGAAGGAUCGUUCAAGAACGCAGAUGGAAAGAAAAUUUUUACCAAAUAUUGGAAGCCAAGCGAUAAGAAACCCAGGUGAGCAUUAUCAGUAGUUUAUUUCUUGAAGUUCAAAUCACGCUCUUCAAAAAUGACGGCUAACACAGCUGAAUUAGCGCAAAAUCGACCUUUACAAUUCUUUUUGUCGCCAAAAGAAGUGUAUUUUGCUUUGCUGCAUUCAAAAGUGCAUCGACCUGGCUAAAUGAUUAAUCAAGUUAUUUUUAUUAUAAGCAUUAUAAUGGAUAGGUUUAUGCUAAUGCAGAGUCAGAGCGAGGGAAUGAAAUCAAACGAGCAAAGUAAAGUUAACUUGAAAAAAAGCCAUUUAAACAAUUGAAAAUCUCGCAACUGAUGGGCAGCUCAAUUUUUUCUUAACUCGCCUAAACUCGUAUCAGCUCGAACAAUCUCGCAGCGAGUUAAGGUUCCAGAGUAGGCCCGUUGACUUUGUGCUGGAGUGUUAAGCCGGGCCCUGGUUUCCAUAUGAUCUGAGGAUCGGUACAAUCGUUGAAAAAAAUUCAGCGAACUGAAUGAUAGCAUCUAUCUAUUAUUACUUUCAAUAGCGAAAUCAGUUAGUCGGUAGGUGGUGAGCAAAAAUAUGGUCAUCCGAAGAAUACGAAAAUUGAAGAAAAUAAACUAAACCUUCGUAUUAAAAGAAAUUAAUUGUAAUACAUCAUGCAGUUAAUUAAUCAUUUGCUGUGCUCGGAAGGAUUCUUAAUGAUUUAUAGCACAAAAACUGAAAGUCUCUUGAUCAUCGGAUAACACAAAUAACAACAGAUUUUCGUGGUUAUUUCCUCGAUAGAGCAUUGGUAUUUAUCUCCCAUGGAUAUGGAGAGCAUUGUUCACGAUACGAGAGGCUUGGACAUGCUUUAGCUGAACAAGGCUACCUCGCCUUCAGUCAAGAUCACGGUAUGUCCCACCCCAGCCGUGUUUAAUCUUUUCCGUGAUCCAGUAACUGCAUCUAAUCAUACUUUCUCGGGAAGAGUCGGGGGGGUGGAGGUGGGGGUGGUAAUCUAAAUACGUGUAUCGCAGAACCUUGUGAGCUCGGGUAGGUGGCCCGUAAAAUGUUAGGGAUGGGAGGGAGGGAUGAGAUAGAGUAGAAAACUGGACCAUUAUUUUUGGAAUUCAAUUUAUGAUGUUAUGGGCACCUGGCGAAUACAAAGAAAGACAGGAAAUAGUGUGAUAUAACCCUUCAAGAGCUAAUUUUUGACAAUAAAUCUUUCUGUUAGUUGGUCAUGGUCAGAGUGAAGGAGAAAGAGUUCAAAUAUCAGAUUUUUCCAUUUACGUCAGAGAUGUUUUUAAACACAUUGACCAAGUCACAGCAGACAACACAGGCAUACCAAUAUUUAUGUUUGGCCACUCAAUGGUAUGUACUGUUAUAAAAGCGUUAUUGGAACUCUGCCCCUUUUUUCGUUGUGUUUUGUUUGUUUGUUUGUUUGUUUUUUGCUUGUUUUUUGUUUUGUAUAUUUUGUAGGUUCUCGGGUCCCCUAACCGAGUCGAUCACAGGAAUACAAGUAUAUGUUAAUUACGAUAAAGACACCAAGCGCAUCAUGCUUUGCGGUUGUUCCAUAAUGUCGCGUUCUUGCCAGUUUGUUUUGAUAACAUAGAUAGCCUAUGAAUUUCAGGUUUUCUUAUUAUUAACUCAUUUCAAGUCUGGCUUCAAUGCAUUCAGCAUUCAAAUCACAUAUUACGAAAACACAAAUACAGUCGAACCUCCAUAUGCGAUCACCUCUCGUAAAAGACCACCAUCCGUAAGCGACCGCGUUAGCGUGGGGCUCAGUAACGGUUUAAAGAUUUUUCAUUGUUUUUAACCUCUUAAAAAGCGACCACUUAACGAUUUGUCUGAUCUCCUUUGUUCGCUGUGUUUAAUUAAUUCUACUCAGAGUAUACUUCUAAAAGUACCAACAUGGAACUGAGAAAGAAAUCGGUGCAAUCUAUUUUAUACUGCUUUAAAGUAGCUGUGCCCGGAAAUCUAAUCCAAGGAAGCCGUCGUAAGCGACAACCUCCUGUAAGUGGCCUCCUGUAAGUCUCAGCCUUUAGAGUGGCCGCUUACGGAAGGUUUGACUGUACCUUGAAAAUUUCAUGUUAUGAUAUUAUUAAUAUUAUGCAUUAUUCUGUAUAGGGUGGUACAAUAGCUGUUCUCAGUGUUAUGGAAAGACCUUAUUUCUUUGCGGGUGCGAUUUUUAGUGCACCAAGCAUAAAAGUGGAAGCCAAUCCUUGCACGGUAAUUUAUUGUUCCACUUGCUACAAAUAGUAAACGAAAACACAAUGCAAAGACUGUUUCUCUUUUCUUAGGGUGCCGUCAAUGUAAAAACAGGAUACAGCAAACCCAAAACCGAAAAACACUACGUACCUAAGGAAACAGAAAUACAAAUCCCAAAACAGAAAUAAACACCCCAAAGCGGAAACACAUACAAAACAAAAAUACAAAAUUGAACCACAAAACUGAAAGAGAAUUUAAAAAUACAAACCAUGAUCAAAAACCCCAAAACAGAAACAAGGAAAUAAUGUAAAACAAUAGUUUCUCGUGAUUCAUCGUCUUUUAAUUAUCUUAACCCGCGAUCAGGCGUUUUUUUUUUUUUUUAGGGAGAGCAAGAUCACAGGCUAUAAUAGACCAUUCCGAGUUCCAAAAACUCUCACUUUAAAAAUGAGGCUGAAAGUUAGGUAAAACGGGCAACAAAUUGUUGCAGAACGAGUCCGAAAGUGAUGUUGCGCGUUUUAUUACCCGCAAAUCAAACCUGUCUUGUAGCAAAUAAGAUUCAGUGUUGCAAGUUGCGGGAAUACUGACUCCUGAUUGGAUAAAAUUACGCGGGAGUCACGCCAUACACAGGAGUUACAAAGUUCUAGUGGUGGAGGGAAGGGAAUAUGAUGAUUAUUUUAAUAGGAGAUUAUUUUAUCACGAGUCAAGUUUUAAACCUUGUCUUCUAGGGGGAGGUGCGAAAUUAAUACAGUAGUGAUUGUUCCAUAUAUAAAAACGCAAAAAAAAACAAACAAAACGAACUUGGCCAAUAUUCAUCUAUCUGGACCUCACGCUUGGUUAAAAGAGACCUUUAGAUUCGAGGACGAGAACUACUAGGAGUACGACUUUCGCUCUUCUUAAAAAGAAAAAUAGACACCCGGAAAGCUCCAUUGUACUUUUGAUUCACCAGAAGAGUUAGCACUGUUACUUAUUCAGGGAGUUUAAGCCCUCUCCCAACCGAAAAUUAUAAAACUUAGCUUGUAACAUUUGAUAACUUGUUUUCGUCACAACGACAUUCUCGGCAAAACUCGUAGGAGAAUGACGACGGCUAUCACGUUUUCCCGCCAAAAUGACGCCGGUCAAUGCGCGCGCACUGCUUAGCAUUAAGAAAAUCUCGUUCUCGUACUCGUCCUGGUCUUAAAAACUAAAGGUCUCAAAUAACGUAUAUAACGCAUGUAUCUUACAGGUUUGUCUAGGAAGAAUAGUAUCAUGGAUAAUGCCCUCGUACCAGAUCAGGCCACCGAUUGAUCCAUCACUCUUAAGCCAGGAUCCUACACAGGUGAUGCAAAACUACAGGGAAACUAAGCCGAGUUUACUUUCGCAAAGAGUUCUGGGAUUGUUACUAAGGACAGAGAAAAAGAUUGGCCAAUAGCUGACCGGCGUGACCCCAGUAACAAUCCAAGAAACAAUCGCGGGUCAAAUUUCUUCUCUAAUAAAAUUCCCUUCUCGUUUCUAAAAAGGCGAAUAACACAAUUGAUAACUGCUCUCUUUUCGUGAGUCAAAGGAGAGGGACUUUCGUAUGCAUUUUAUCCGCGUUUCCAAAAAAAGUUUCCACGACUUUCGAACAAUGCCGAAAAUAUUCAGGUGAUUUCUGGAGGUUGCCGAAUGACGCAGUGUCCAGUCCCUCAAGCCGAUCGUGACACUCGACAUUUCGUACCACUGACUGGAAUAUUUUGGGUGGAGAUUGAAUAAAAGUUUUUCAGUUUAAUGGUUUAUGACAAGUUGUUCGGAAUUUGAUUCAGGAAUUGACGUUUUCCAUCUUUCAUGAUUGUGCAAUGAACUAGUAACGUUAAGUGGACAGCGGGUUUGUCGAGGGUUAUUCUGUCCUGUUCAAUUGAUCAACCCUAAGAUUAUACCCCCGGUGGGGGAGGGCGGGGAGCUACUCAACAACGUUUUAUAUGGUAAGGCACCACCGACACGCGUGCAAAACGUCUGCGCAUGCGCAAGGUCUCUAUUAUCAAUAAUUAAAAUUUGCAAAAUCUUCGCCAUUUAAAUUGAAAAACACUUAGGAAUGUUUGAUAUGUUUAAUGGUUUGCAGCCAGAUCUAGUAUUAAACACACCAAAAAAUUGCUUAAACUAACUUAACUAACUAACUGGGAAAGUCGUCGAGUACAAGGUUUUUCCGUCCUUGUUUUUCCACUUAGCAUGCAUUGGUCGUUUUCGUUGUUCGCAUUGACCGAGCUCAGCGACAUGAUGACCAAAACAACAACAACGGCUACGGCGAAGUGCUGCCAGAGCGAGCGUGGACUUUCAAACAUGAUUUUCGCCUUUGGUGCAAGGAGGAAAGAAUGUGGUGCAAAAGAGAGAAACUAAAGCAAUUAAUAAACGUUGUGUUCGUGAAAUUCUAAGCUUAUCUUUUGUGUGUGGAGCUUACUUUUUUCAAUUUCGCGGCCGGAAUCUAGUUUGUUUUGGUAUCGCGUAUAAUUUCGGUUGGGGGAGACACUGGCAAAUUCGCGCCGGAAGCAGGAAAGGCACGCAUGCGCACUGCGUUUUUCACGCGUGUCGGCACCAACCCCUGACCUAACUCCUUACACAUUUAUCGUUGAAGGAGCUCGUCGUGUUUUUUAGGGUUGGAGCCUCCUCAUAAAAAAUUCAAUGUCACUCAGUUAUUUGCACAAUCCAUUUAGUAACCAAAGGUCUUACAACAAGUCGAAUUUCCUUGAGUACCAGGCGUCCCUCGCGCCUUCUACUCUCUCGCGCUUGACUUGUGGCAAGUCUAGGACUUCAAUAACACAAUGCACCUUGUUUAUUACUAUUGUUUUAGGUUGAAAAGUAUGCCAAUGAUAGCCUAAACUGGCAUGAGGGAAUGAAAGUUAGAUGGGCGGGAGCUAUAUUAGAUGCAAUGAAUGAAAUCCAGGGGAACUUGUCAAGGCUUACAACAUCUUAUCUACUUGUCCAUGGUGAUGGAGAUCAAUUAGUGAAGAUUGACGGUUCACGUUACUUACAUGAGAAUUCCCCAAGUAACGACAAGACAUUUAAGGUACACGAAUGAGCUGCUUUACUGACAGCACUGAGCGAACUAAUAGCCUCUCUAUGGGUAUUUCCGACGAAUAGUCAGGGCGCUUGACGGUAUAUCAUGAUGGCAGGAAGAUGCGGUCUUAAAACGGCGUUUUUUCAUGUGGUGAUAUUGUCCUGCCCGGGGUACGAGUUUCGGCUGCUUUGUUCCAAGCGUAAUUAUUGUGAACUUAUCCCAACAAAAGUCAUGAUUUGUCUAAACCCUUUUAACCCCAAGAGUGACCAAUAUCUAUUUUCUCGCAACAAUGUCACCACAUUUUCAAGGAAAAAGGUUAUGAGAAUGUAUAAAAUAAUCACCAAAGAGGAAAUUCUCUUCCCCAAACGGGUGUCUAAAGAAUAAUACAGAGUUUUCCCUCUUCGUCCAAUUUUCAGUCCCGUUGUCAUUUUUAAAUCUACCCAUUAUUAUUUCAUUAUGAAUUCAACUGUGUGUAAAACGUGCUUUGCAGGUGUACAAAAAUGGACGCCAUGAACUUUUGAAUGAGGUGGAAGAAACUGCGAGCGUGGUUUACAAGGACAUUCUUGAAUGGAUUCAGCAAAAGCUACCUUGAACUGUUUUAGGGCCACGUGCACACGAGUCCAGACUAAUUUUUCAAACUGCAUAUUUUUUCACCCGCAUUCGUGUAGACGAGGCCUUAAACCACUCUGGAGAGCGGUUUCAAAAAGAUAUCAGGCUCACUUAGCAAUAGAACGGGAACGUCAGUUGACGACGACGCGCAAAUCAAACAACUGGCUUGGCCAAUCACAGAGCAGCAAAUUGAGCAAUGGAAGUCGCGUUUAGUCCUUUCCGCGCGCUUUCCCGUUGUCAACUGAUGUUCCCGUUCUGUUGCUAAAUCAGCCUAAUGUUUGAGUGAGAGGAUUUUUUAAAUUUCUUUCAUAUUUAAUUCAGUAAAUUCAGGAACCUUAAUUUGCAUGAGAAAGCCAAAUUCUGUGGGAUUCUAAAAAAGGCCGUUUCCAAGAUGACGUCAUUUUAACAUACCAGAUUCCUUCAGGGUUUUGCUUUCUUGCGUAAGUUAGGGCUUUUGUUAUUUAAACCUCAGUGGGAUUACCAAAUUUAAUGAUAAAAGAAAAAAUGAAAUGAAUUCCUUUAGUAGCAAAACCAUGUCAUCACGUAAAUAGCCAAUUAGGCCCCGUGGCCCCAGUAGCCUUGCAGCAGUUCAGAAUAGACCCCUAUGUGUCGCAGUUCUUUUGUUUUCGGGCUAGGUUCCAAACUUUGUUUGUUCAUACUUUCCCCCGCCAAUAACGUGAGGUCUUCCAAGAACUGCAAGGUCCCCCCUUAUAGGAAGAAAAGUCGCCCCGAGUAGAAGAGUCCCUCGCCUACCCCAGCUACCCUGGGCGAGCCAAAAUUUCCUACAUUUCCCUACCGAAACUUGGCGUUUAAAUACACUAGAAACAAAUAGUGGGCUAGAGCGCUUUUUCAAUGGUAAAGUCAUCCUUCUAGCUAAGCCGGGUCAACUCGGUCAAGGCGAGAGAAUCAGACCAUGCGGGAGCUCUGUUUUCAGCUCUAGGCUUGGGCAAAGGGGUCAACUAUUUAUCAUAUAAACACUUGCUUAAGUUGACUCGGCCAGGGAGGGUGACCCCGGGGAAAUUUUUCUCUAUGUGAACGGGGCCUCGUUCGCAUGUUUUCUUGAUAUAGGUUCAAUAAACAGAAC